AUGUCGCAGCUAUACUUGCGCCGGGUGGUGGCUUUGUGGUUUGGUGCUGUUUUCGCUCUUGUCGGUGUCCCUCUGUGGUACAAAUUGACCACGAUAUACAGGGCACCUUUGCCCGGCACGUAUAUCAGUUCCUUGCGUGAAAAUAUGCAUUCAGACGUGCAUCUGGUCGUGCCAGUAUAUGUGCGAUCAGACACGUACAAAUUUCCAGAUGUUCACGAGGCAAUCCAGUUGCAGGCAGACGCAUUGUUGCAAUCCAAACCACGGGCUGUAAAUUGGUCUUUACAGAUCCUACAGGCGGAGAAAAACCAGGUUCUGGACCCGGAGUCCGAUUACGUGCUAACAUUGACUCUGGACGACUUCACGGGUUACUCUAUCGCUUACGACUCGAAGGAAACGAUCGUUUUCUUCGAUGAUACCGCGGUCGUGUCGAACGAUAUUCCUUUCUUUGCCGCUCAAACAUUGAUCGAGCAUACUUUUGGAACGGAAUGGACCCAUCUGAGUCUCGAUUCAAGUGAUCAAAAUGAUCAAGGUAAUCGAGGUCUAGGUAAGUCCUCAGAAAUGGCGAUUUCGUAUGCCCCCAAGGUACAUCUGUCACUAUCACUUCUAACGGGAGACGGUCGUCCCGUUGCAUGGAACAUAGAAUCGACGUUAAACCAGUACUUUACUCCACUUCGCCAAUUUUUAUCGCCAUUGAUAAACUUCACCGUGGAUACUAGUAUUUUGCAUUUCAACGAUCUAAAUUUGGGGUCCCUCCAUGACAUUCAAGAUCCUUCGUGGCAAGACUUAGCGCACUCCAUUGACCUAUCUGAACUUUCAUCACUUAAUCAUUAUCGCGAAAAAAAUGCGAUCAAUUUGGCCAUAGUUUUCCCCAGUCCGGAAGCAGGUCAGUUAGGGUUCGUCAACGCCACAGAAGAUAGACCAUGGCAAAGUUUCAUGGUUCCUCAAUGGGGCGCUCUGGUUGUGAAUAAGGAGGCACUUCCAGACAAUUCCAGACUAACUCAGGAUUAUCUGGCGCCUGUCAUUUACAGCUUUGCAUGCGAAUUAUUUCAAUUCUUAGGCCUAUCAAACGAAAAGGCCGAUCUUUCCACACCAUAUAUUACAAUAGACUCAUUCAAGAGGGUCACAACAUUGAAAAAUUUGGAACACGGUAUCGAAACUAUGUGGUCUUUGAUCAAACUUACGGAUCAAUUCCCACAGAUGGCGGUCCCCAAACAAGUUCUCUCGGACGUUGAGCAAGCGAUAAGUUUGAGACUGAAAGCCGUGGAGCUGCUCAAUGAUCCUAAACGCGGUGACGAAGCUACUUGGAACGAAGCAUUGCACUUGAGUAACAGUUUUGUCGAGGUUUGCGAAAGAGCAUUUUUUCACAAGGAAAUGGUACAACAAAAUUUCUUUCCACAGGAGCACAAAAUAGCGGUCUACUUACCGUUCCUGGGUCCAAUCUUUGUCAUUAUUUUGACGGGACUACUCAAGACACUUCGGGAGAACAACGAUGACGAUGAAGACGAAGUGGAGGAGAAGCAAGUGAAAAUCUCCGACUCGCCUGCCGACGAAACUGAGCAGCUUGAUGAAAAAACGCACGAUUCUUCGUUAACAAAAGAGUAA